AUAUUUCUUAUAUUUUUCACACUCUUUUUUCUUUCUUUUUUAUCUCUUCCUUAAGCAUUUGCUAAAAUCUUCAAACACCCUUUAAUCAAUGCAAAUCACUGUGUUUUGUUGAUCAGACACAGAAGACACUUACACAAACACACACUCUUAGAACAUUCAACUUGUGUUGUGUUGGUUCCUAAGCUUUGUGUUUUUUCAACUCAACCAUGGCUUCUACUUUAUGUUACAACACUCUAAAUCCUUCAACAGCAUAUUUCUCAAGAACCCAUUUGUCAAUUCCAUCCAACAAAGAGUUUUCACUUGAAAAUUCUUCACCUUUUCAUAGCAAUGGAAAAAACAGAACAAGAAAACAGAGGAGGAAGGUGUUUGUGAUGCAUGUGAAAGUGAAAGCUACAGUAGCUGAAGCUAUUCCAAAUCAAACACAAGCUGAGAAGAAGAAGAAGAUUCGGGUACUUGUUGCAGGUGGUGGAAUAGGUGGAUUGGUUUUUGCUUUGGCUGCAAAGAGAAAAGGGUUUGAAGUGAUGGUGUUUGAGAAGGAUUUGAGUGCUGUAAGGGGAGAAGGACAAUACAGAGGUCCAAUUCAGAUUCAGAGUAAUGCUUUGGCUGCUUUGGAAGCUAUUGAUUCAGAUGUUGCUGAUGAAGUUAUGAAACUUGGUUGUAUCACUGGUGAUAGAAUCAAUGGUCUUGUUGAUGGGGUUUCUGGUUCUUGGUACGUUAAGUUUGAUACAUUCACUCCUGCAGUGGAACGUGGGCUUCCAGUUACAAGAGUUAUUAGUCGAAUGGUUUUGCAAGGAAUUCUUGCUCGUGCGGUUGGGGAAGAUAUUGUUAUGAAUGCCAGUAAUGUCGUUAAUUUCGAAGAUGACGGAAACAAGGUAACAGUAGAGCUUGAGAAUGGUCAAAAAUAUGAAGGAGAUCUAUUGGUUGGAGCAGAUGGUAUAUACUCCAAGGUAAGGACACAGUUAUUUGGACUAACAGAAGCUGUUUACUCUGGCUAUACUUGUUAUACCGGUAUCGCAGAUUUUGUGCCUGCUGACAUUGAAUCUGUUGGGUACCGAGUAUUCUUGGGACACAAACAAUACUUUGUAUCUUCCGAUGUUGGAGCUGGAAAGAUGCAAUGGUAUGCAUUUCACAAAGAAGCUCCUGGAGGUGUUGAUGAACCCAAUAGAAAAAAGGAAAGGUUGCUCAGUAUAUUUAAGGGUUGGUGUGAUAAUGCAGUAGAUCUGAUACUUGCCACGGAAGAGGAGGCGAUUCUGCGCCGAGAUAUAUACGACAGGAUACCCACAUUGAAAUGGGGAAAAGGUCGUGUGACUUUGCUCGGUGAUUCUGUUCAUGCCAUGCAGCCAAAUAUGGGACAAGGAGGAUGCAUGGCCAUUGAGGACAGUUAUCAACUUGCAUGGGAAUUAGACAACGCAUGGGAACAAAGUAUUAAGUCAGGGAAUCCAAUUGAAAUUGAUUCAUCCCUAAGAAGAUAUGAAAGAGAAAGAAAACUACGAGUUGCGGUGAUUCAUGGAAUGGCUAGAAUGGCAGCUCUGAUGGCUUCCACCUACAAGGCAUAUCUAGGUGUUGGCCUUGGUCCUUUGGAGUUUUUGACAAACUUUCGUAUACCACAUCCUGGAAGAGUUGGAGGGAGGUUUUUCGUUGACAUUUUGAUGCCGUCUAUGUUGAACUGGAUCUUAGGUGGAAAUAGUGAUAAACUUGAAGGCAGACCACUAAGUUGCAGGCUCUCAGACAAAGCAAACGGAGAAUUGCGCAGAUGGUUUGAAGACGAUGAUGCGCUUGAGCGUGCUAUUAAUGGAGAGUGGUUUUUAUUACCAUGUGGAGAUGGAACGGGUCUUUCGAAACCUAUACGUUUAACACAAAAUGAGAUGAAGUCCUGCAUAAUCGGGAGUGAACUGCAAGAAGAUUAUCCAGGUAGUUCAAUUACAAUUCCUUCACCCCAGGUUUCUCCAAAGCAUGCACGAAUUUACUAUAAGGAUGGUGCCUUCUUCGUAACUGAUUUGAGAAGUGAACAUGGCACUUGGAUCGUCGAUAUUGAAGGAAAGCAAUAUAGGGUACCUCCAAAUUAUCCUGCACGUGUCCACCCAUUUGAUGUUCUUGUGUUUGGUUCUGAAAAGGUUUCAUUUCGAGUUAAGGUGACGAGAUCCGCUCCAACCAUCUCUAAGAGGGAAGAGACACAAGUUUUGCUGGGAGUAUGAUGGACUGUGUUCAAAUAUACAAAUUUUUAAGGUACAGAAAAGUUACACAGCACAAAUUUGCAGCUGUAGAUCACUAUCUGCAAUCUUUCAGGGGCAGUGUAUUAUACACACCAAAUUAUUGGGUAGAAAUGUUUCAUACAAGCACUCCAUAAAUUAUAGCAUGACUUAUAUAAACUUGCACAUGUUGAAUGGAGUGACUAUGGAAGGCAAUGUAUGUAGCUAAGAAUUUCUCACACUUUAAAUUGUGAUUUACAAAAUUGGAAAUGUAUAUUUGUCCAUAUAAAAAAUGCAAAUUCAUUUGUGUCCAA